GUUAGGCUUCGGCCCAACCCGGAAGUUGCUGUAAGCUCAAUGAUAUUCGACGACUGGCCAGCACUAUCAUUUUCCAUCGAGUAUGGUGCCCAUCGUCAAGAUAGAGCCACACCGUACACUGAACAUUAAGAUGGAGCACACAUUUGCUCAGAGAAGGCAGCCCGGUGCUGGAAAGAAUAGUUUUCCUGGAUGCCUUUCUCUAGAGGAACAACAUUUAUAUAAACCUUCCAAGUUAGAGAGGCAAUGGAAGUGGGGAUAAGGAUGCAUCAAAAGUAUUGAAUCAAAUGCCUUCAUAUUCAUUCAAUUAAGGUGCUACAAGUGAAGGGGACUAUGGUGCAAGGUCCCCUUAUCAUGGGUAGGUGCCAAACUCUUUUGAUGGUCUAGCCAAUAAAGAAAAUACCAUGCAGACUCAGGAGCAAGACAUGGAAAUUGGCUAUGAGGAUGGCCCAUCACCAUCGGUCCAUGACCAUCAACUUUUGAAGGUCUUGAAAGAAAAUUCCAUGGUGAAAUUAUGCAACUUGUGAAAGAACAGUGUGAUGAAGAGGAUGCAGAGAAUGUGAGGCACUCGGUAUUUUUAUGAAAUAAGCAAUAACUAGUUAACAUCCUCUUCUCCUGCUAUAUAAAUGUAUCAUGUAUGUACCUUACUUUCCCUUGCAUCUAGAUUCUAGAGGUUGAAACAAAUGGGAAGAAAGAGGAAAGGUUUUU